UAUUCAAAUGGUGCUCCUUUUCUAUUUGAUGGAAUCCACUCAGAAGUUUUCAGUGUCUGAUUUGUCAAAACCAUCAAACCCGUGUUCAAGUUGACAAGAUGAAAAUUGAUCUACUAUUUUGUUUUUGGACCAUGUUUCUUCGGUACAUACCCUUUGUACAGAAAUAAAAGGUAAAAAAAAACCUCCCAUGAAAGUGUCUCCAACAUGCAUAGCCAAUUUGAUUGAAUCUUCAUAGGAUCCAGCGAUGACAAGUUCGAUUGGGUGUAUACUGUUGCUGACACAUUGUGUUGCCCUUGUAGCUUUAGUUUAUGCACAACAACAAACAGGCUUCAUAAGCAUUGAUUGCGGUGGUCCUCAAAACUUUGAGUACACAGAUGAUACAACUAAAAUAAAGUACGGGACUGAUGGAGCCUACAUACAAACUGGGGUUAAUAAGAACAUUUCCUCUAACUAUGCAUACCCUAAUAAUCCCAUGCUGCCACAACCACUCUCAGAUCUCAGAAGUUUUCCUGAGGGAGAAAGGAACUGUUACAAGUUAAUAGCUGGAAGAAAAGGCAGUUUACAUUUGAUAAGAGCUUCCUUUUUAUAUGGAAACUAUGAUGGAGAAAACAAGCCACCUGAGUUUGAUCUCUAUGUUGAUGUCAAUUUCUGGUCAACGAUCAAAUUUAGAAAUGCCUCAGAUGAAGUUACAAUGGAAACAAUCAGUGUGGCACAAUCAGGGGUGACAAAUGUUUGUCUAGUGAACAAGGGAGAAGGAACUCCUUUUAUCUCGGGAUUGGAACUUAGACCACUUAAUGCUUCUAUUUAUAACACUGAGUUUGGGGAAUUUGGGUCACUAACACUUUUCAAAAGAUGGGACUUUGGAUCACUCAAUGGAAGUGGUAGAUAUGAGGAUGAUAUUUAUGAUAGAAUUUGGUCACCCUAUAAUUCCUCAUCUUUGGAUUCUGUAAGCACUUCCACAGUAAUAAAUGUCAAUGGUGAUGGCUAUAAAGCACCAUUUGAAGUCAUCAAAACUGCUGCUACAACACCAAAGAGUGACAAUGAUCCUUUAGAAUUUUCUUGGACCCCAGAUGAUCCAAGUUGGAAAUUUUAUGUCUACUUGUACUUUGCCGAAGUGGAGCAGCUUAAUAAAACUCAACUGAGGAAAUUUAAUAUAUCCUGGAAUGGAUCUCCAUUGUUUGAAUCCAUAGUACCACAUUACUUGUUUGCAACCACCCUAUCUAAUUCAAAAUCCUUGGUGGCAAAUGAACAUCGUAUUUCUAUACAUAAAACAAAGGAUUCAACCCUUCCACCCAUUCUUAAUGCAGUUGAGAUUUAUGUAGUAAGACAAUUAGAUGCACUUCCAACAUUUGAACAAGAUGUUGAUGCUAUGAUGGCAAUAAGGGAAAACUAUAGGAUUCAAAGAAAUUGGAUGGGUGAUCCAUGUGAGCCAAAGAACUAUUCUUGGGAAGGCUUAGAAUGCAACUAUACCACUUCGCUUCCUCCCCGAAUUAUAUCUCUGAAUAUGAGCUCAAGCAGUUUAAGUGGAACAAUAACUUCUGCCAUUUCCAAUCUUUCCUCAUUGGAAUCUUUGGACUUGCAUAACAAUAGCUUAACUGGAGCAAUGCCUCAGUUUUUGGAGGAAUUGAAAUACCUUAAAUAUUUGGAUUUAAGGAGCAAUCUAUUUUCAGGUUCUGUUUCUGCCACACUUUUAGAAAGAUCAAGGACCGGAUCACUCACAUUGAGGGUGGAUGAUCAAAAUCAUGGUGACACCAAAGGGAACAAUAAAACUAAGAAAAUUGUUAUUCCCAUAGUGGCAUCAGUAUUAUCGAUUUUAGUUCUAUUGAUUGUUUUCAUUCUCGUUCAGAAACUUAGAAGAAAUGAAAGAUCAGAUGAAGAGAUAAGUAUGCUCAACAAAGGAGGAAAAACUGUAACAUCAAAGAAUUGGCAAUACACUUAUUCAGAGGUGUUGAACAUUACCAACAACUUUGAAAUGGCAAUUGGUAAGGGAGGAUUUGGAACCGUGUAUUGUGGUCAGGUGAAAGAUGGCAAACAAGUUGCAGUCAAGAUGCUUUCUCCAUCAUCAACUCAGGGGCCAAAGGAAUUUCAGACUGAGGCUGAGCUUUUGAUGACAGUUCAUCACAAAAAUUUGGUAUCCUUCAUUGGUUACUGUGAUGAUGAUAACAAGAUGGCACUCAUAUAUGAGUACAUGGCCAACGGCAGCCUCAAAGAUUUUCUCUCACUCUCAGAUGGAAAUUCACAUUCCUUGAGUUGGGAAAGGAGAAUACAAAUAGCAAUCGAUGCUGCAGAGGGGUUGGAUUAUCUACACCAUGGAUGCAAGCCACCUAUAAUACACAGGGAUGUAAAGUCAGCCAACAUUCUUUUAAGUCAAGACUUAGAAGCUAAGAUAGCAGAUUUUGGCCUCUCUAGGGAGUUUAGGAAAGAAAACCAAAAUCAAGAUUCUUCAAUGAUUUAUAAUGAUGUUUCAAAUGAAAAAUCUGCAGUGAUGGGCACAACAGGGUACCUUGACCCAGAGUACUACAAAUUGGGGACCCUAAAUGAGAAAAGUGACAUCUAUAGCUUUGGAAUUGUUCUACUGGAAUUAAUCACAGGUCGUCCUGCAAUAUUGAAAAGUUUAGGCAACCCAUUAAUGCACAUACUUGAGUGGAUAAGAUCUGAACUUGAAGGAGGAGAUUUAAGUAGGAUUUUAGAUCCAAGGCUCCAAGGAAAAUUUGAUACUAGUUCUGGGUGGAAAGCUUUAGGAAUAGCAAUGGCAUGUUCUGCAUCAACCUCCAAUCAAAGACCUACAAUGAAUGUUGUGCUAGCAGAGUUAAAACAAUGCUUGAAAUUGGAAUCGCCUAAUGAAACUGAAAUAUUUGUGGCCCCAAAACAAGUCUACAACGAAUUUUAUAGUUCAUCUGAAGCAUUUUCCUGUGAUAGUGAAUCUAUCACCUAUCCUUUCCCAAGAUAGUGUGACUAUGUAUAUACAUUGAACCAUUGAAAAGUGUUCAAUUAAAGCAUUAAACUGUAAUUUUUUAUGAAA